ACGGCCUUGUGAACAUUAAGGGUCUCUACGAAAUCGGGCAUACAAACUACUCUUUUUCGCAGUAUUAAAAUAAGGUCUCCGGAGGAUCGAGAGCCGUGAGCGGGCACACACCAGCUCACCCUACCUCUCCUCUAUCGCCAGCGGGUGUCCUGAGGAGUCCGAGCCCUCCACUGAGGAGACCAGACCACCAGCACCCUCAUCGGAGUCUGCGCUCUCCACAGAGGAGACCAGACGACCGUCACCCUCAGCGGGCUCAGCAACAAAGACAUGGAAUCUAAACUCAGUCAGCUGGAAUGCCUUUUUACAUGGCGGGUGGAAAAAUCAGAGAUAAGAGAUUUUAAUAUCUUGCAGGAGAAACUUUUUGACAAAAUCAAGUCUUCCUCACAGAAAUACCAUGACACAUAUUUCAACAUUCUGGCAUUUAUCAGCCACUUGGAAGGCAAAACUGAGAGAUCACUGGAUUAUCUUCAACAAGCUGAGUCAGCACUGAAGGAUGAUAAUCAAAAGAAAGAUGCAGACUACCUGGUGACCUUCUCCAGCUUUGCAUGGGUACACUAUCACUUGCACAACCUUGAUGAUGUGGAAAAAUACCUAAACAAGGUGAAAAAUAUAUGCAGGGACAUACCAGGUUCAUCUGAGUACUCCUGCAGCCUCCCCUUAAUACAUGGAGAGAAAGGGUGGACCUUUAUAAGGCUUGGCGGGUCAUUUUAUGAACGAGCAAAGGAGAGUUUCUCCAAGGGCCUUGAAGCAGAACCAGACAAUGUAUUGUGUAAUGUGGGCUAUGCAAUAGUGUUAUACAGAAUAGAAGGCAUGAACAAAGAGAGACCAAUAAGUGCAGAAGACAGUGAAACAGUCACGCAACUCAGAAAAGCUCUCAGCUUGGAACCCACAAAUUCUCUAGUCAUGGUGCUGUUGGCCUUGAAACUCCAGUGUUUAAAGAGACAAGAAGCCCAGAAGCUUAUAAAGGAGGCUCUCAAACUGUCCCCUAACGUCCCGUAUGUGACCAGAUACGUGGCUAAAUACUUCAGAGCAGAAGGCUCCAUUAAGGAAUCCCUGUCUAUCCUUGAGAAAGCAGUCGAGUUGACCCCAAACUCCAACUUUCUGCAUCAUCAAAUCGGUCUUUGCCAUAAACAGCUGCUUAUUGAGAUGUUAUCUCAGAUGAGGUCUGGAAGACGCUUUCCUGCCACUCAAAUAUCUGCUAAGGCAGCCGAGUGUAUCCGGCACCUUUCAAAGGCCGUAGAGCUAAAGCCUUCUAAUAUUUACGCCCAAGUGAAUCUUGCAGAGGCCUAUGGAGGGAACCGACAAUUCAGAGAAGCAGAGGAGAUAUUUACCAGGCUGCUAAAUGACACAUCUCUCAGUGAAUUUGAAAAACAGCACUGUCACACACACUAUGGUGUGUUUUUGCUCUACAAGAGAAAGGAUGAAGACACAGCAGUCUGUCAAUUCAAGAUUGCAUACAAAAUUCCAAUAGAAUGCAAUGACAGGAAACAAGCGGGCAAGAAGCUCAGACAGAUUGCGGAGAGGCAUCUCAAUGACAAGCGCAAAGUCAGAGAGGCAUUCGAGAUUUUGGCCUUUGUAUCUUCUGAAGACAAACAAGAGGCACAAGCGGCGAUGUAUCUGCAGAGGGCCCAGCAGCAGCACUCAGAUAGUGAUGAGCUAUCAGAAACCUUCGCCAAAGGACUGAGGCUAAAACCCUAACUGAACUUUACUCGUAUUUAGCAAAAACUUAAAAUAGCAUUAAUAUAAUACUAUAAUCAAGGCUAUUUUAAAAUGUCUAAAUUGUAAACAAGCUGUUGAUCUUUAUUGUAAUACAGGGAACAUUUAUUGAAUAAAUCCUGAGGGGCGGUACAGUUGCCUCACAAAAAAAAAAUCGAAAUUUUGUUGAUUUUAAGCUCUUCCGCAAUCACGAACAACUGUAGGAACUCGCUGGCAGCGGACAUAUAACUUCAGAUUGUACAAUCAGUAUUUUGUCUCCGGUAUGUUCUGCAUUAAACUAAUAAAUGUGAUCAUUUAGCACAUUAGAUAGGCUGUGUUCGCUGCCAAGAUGGACACAAAUAUGGUGGCGGGCAUGCCGGAAGUGGUGUGGUACCCAUGUUCUCUGUCCCCAACUUGUGUAGAUCAACUUUUGUGUAGAUUAACUGGUGUGCAGAUUAACUGGUGUGUAGAUCAACUGUGUAGAUCAACUUGUGUGUAGAUCAACUUGUGUGUAGAUCAACUUGUGGGUAGAUCAACUUGUGGGUAGAUCAACUUGUGUGUAGAUCAACUUGUGUGUAGAUCAACUUGUGUGUAGAUCAACUUGUGUGUAGAUCAACUUGUGUGUAGAUUAACUUGUGUGUAGAUUAACUUGUGUGUAGAUUAACCAGUUCUUGCAUUAAUAUCACUAAAGAUGCUGAAACACUGUUAAUAAAAAUAAAUA